AAGAGUAUUGAGGAUGACGGGUUUAAAAAUCCCUUCUCAGAUCACACGUUUACCCAAACCCCAACCCCACAUCCAUCCUUAAACUCUCAGGCAUCUCUGCUCACUACUGCCAAACUCUGCCUUGACACGAAUCUCGAAGGAUUUAUGGAUGCAUCUGUAAUGGAAAAGCUACUUCGAUGUGCUUCGUACUCUCCUCUCCACACUCCCAAACUCACGUCUAUUCACAAUUUUGAAUUAAGAAAUCCCAACAUACAUAUGAAAUGGCGUACUCGGAAGAAUAACAAUGCUUUAGUGGUAAAUGCAAGCGAUGGGGGAGGAGGAGGAGGAGAAGUGGAUACGGCGGUGGUAGAAAAGGACAAGCCGAAAGUACUGCCGCCGAGGUUUCAGGUUUUACAGGGUUCUCCGAUGCCGUUCGGUGCCACAGCUCAGGAAGAUGGAGUCAAUUUCGCGAUAUAUUCGCGCAAUGCCACAUCUGCGACUCUAUGCUUAAUGACUCCCUCCGAUUUGCCUGAGAAAAGAGUUACUGAGCAGAUACCUCUAGAUCAACUUACCAAUAAGACCGGAGAUGUCUGGCAUGUGUUUUUGAAAGGAGAUUUUACAGACAUGCUUUAUGGAUACAAAUUUUCUGGAGACUUUUGUCCUGAGGAAGGGCAUUACUAUGAUUCUUCACGGAUCUUAUUAGAUCCUUAUGCUAAAGCUGUUUUAAGCAGGGAGGAGUUUGGUGUUUUGGGAGCUGAUGAUGAUUGCUGGAGCCAAAUGGCCUGCACAAUCCCUUCUAAUCAUGAGUUUGACUGGGAAGGAGAUCUGCCCCUGUCAUUUGCACAAAGAGAUCUGGUGAUUUAUGAAAUGCAUGUUCGUGGAUUUACAAGGCAUGAGUCCAGUAAGACAGAGUCUCCUGGUACUUACCUUGGUGUAGUGGAAAAACUUGAUCAUUUAAAGGAACUUGGUGUGAACUGCAUAGAGUUAAUGCCAUGCCAUGAGUUCAAUGAGCUGGAGUACUUCAGCUACAAUCCUGUCUUGGGUGACUACAGGUUAAAUUAUUGGGGGUAUUCAACUAUCAAUUACUUCUCACCUAUGUUGAGAUAUGCAUCUGCUGGUGGUCGUAAUGGUGGCCUUGAUGCAAUAAAUGAGUUCAAACAACUUAUUAAAGAGGCACACAAACGUGGAAUCGAGGUGCUCAUGGAUGUGGUUUUCAAUCACACUGCUGAAGGGAAUGAAAAUGGUCCCAUUUUGUCUUUUCGAGGUGUUGAUAACAGUGUCUUUUAUAUGCUUGCACCUAAGGGAGAGUUCUACAACUAUUCAGGAUGUGGAAACACAUUCAACUGCAACCAUCCUAUUGUGCGCCAAUUUAUAGUAGAUUCCUUGAGAUAUUGGGUAACAGAGAUGCAUGUAGAUGGAUUUCGAUUUGAUCUUGCCUCUAUCAUGACAAGAGGCAGCAGUCUUUUUGAUGCAGUAAAUGUAUAUGGAAAUCAAGUAGAAGAUGAUUUACUGACAACCGGCUCACCUCUCACCAACCCACCAUUAAUUGACAUGAUUAGCAAUGACCCAAUACUUCGAGGAGUGAAGCUUAUCGCUGAAGCAUGGGACUGUGGAGGCCUUUACCAAGUCGGCGUGUUUCCUCACUGGGGUAUUUGGUCAGAAUGGAAUGGAAAGUAUCGCGAUACAGUAAGGCAGUUCAUCAAGGGUACAGAUGGAUUUUCUGGUGCUUUUGCUGAAUGCCUUUGUGGGAGCCCUAAUCUAUACCAGGAAGGUGGUAGAAAACCAUGGAACAGUAUAAACUUCAUAUGUGCACAUGAUGGCUUUACACUGGCUGACUUAGUUAUGUACAAUGACAAACAUAACCUUGCAAAUGGUGAAGACAACAAAGAUGGAGAAAGUCACAAUAACAGCUGGAAUUGCGGACAGGAGGGGGAGUUUGUAAGCAUAUCAGUGAAGAGAUUGAGGAAACGACAGAUGAGAAAUUUCUUCCUUUGUCUAAUGGUUUCACAGGGUGUACCGAUGAUACAUAUGGGGGAUGAAUAUGGUCACACAAAAGGGGGAAACAACAACACGUAUUGCCAUGAUAACUAUAUGAACUACUUCCAGUGGGAUAAGAAAGAAGAGUCAUCAUCAGAUUUUUUCAGAUUUUGCCGUCUAGUCACCAACUUCCGCCAUGAAUGUGAGGCGCUUGGCUUAAAUGAUUUUCCUACAGCUGAAAGGCUACAGUGGCAUGGACAUGCCCCUGAAACACCAGAUUGGUCUGAAACAAGUAGAUUUGUGGCUUUCACCAUGAAGGAUUUGGUGAAAGGAGAGCUAUAUAUCGCCUUCAACACUAGUCAUUUAGCGGUUACAAUAACAUUGCCUGAAAGACCAGGGUGCAGGUGGCAACCAUUGGUGGACACCAGCAAGACUGCACCAUUUGAUUUUCUAAGUGAUGAUGUUCCAGAAAGAGAAAGAGAGGUGGCCAUGAAACAAUAUGCACAGUUUCUUGAUGGGAAUUUGUAUCCUAUGCUUAGCUAUUCCUCUAUAAUCUUAUUACUCACUCCUGAUGUAAGUGGUUUAAUCUGAUAAGCCCUAUACUCAUAUGUAAGUAAUUUACCCCUUAAAAAUUGUUUACCUAA